CGGGAGAAAGAUACGGUGUAUGGCCGUCGCCAACCAUCGCCUCGCUCUCGCACACAACACCGCAUUUACAAAAGGCGCUAUAUCGUUUCUGUAUAAUUAACCCUUCUGGUGCCCGCGCCUCGUCGAAAGGAGAAAUUUUCGGUAAAGGGGUGCAUGGGUGUGUAACGUUUAUAGGAUGUAACAUACAUGUGUCCACAGAUAGGGAGUUUGCGUCGUUUGGACGACGCCUGGCCCCCCCUCGGCGCCCCUCGCUCGCUAGCUCUCUUUCGUGCGCUUUCCUUUUCUGCAUGCUGCCCCUUCGGCGCCGAACCCUUCCUAUGUGUGGCUCUUUAAGCGCCACGAAUUACUACCGCUUACUAACGACUGCCCUUUGUCUUUUAAAUACAUUCCCGACCAGUUUUUGGUCCGCAGCUAUUUCCAAAACAGCCCGGAGAAGAUUUUCGAGGUUUUCGCCAAAGUCGUACUAUAUUACUAGCGUAUAGUCGUCGGUACUCUCUGUAUAGUUAGUCGUUGUCUUUUGUCGGCGGCAUUUCCAUCGUAAUACGUAUAUUUUGGAGUUUGCGUCGGUUCGCAUGCCGCCACCGCCGUGUGCUUUUCGUCGUCUUCUUUCGCCUUUUGCUGCCUCUGCCUUUGCCUUUGCCUUCAUCUUCAUCUUGCUGUUGUCGUUCUGCUCCCCGAGAGAUGCUGCGAUCGGAUCUUGGCUGCAGAUGUGAGAUGAGGUGGUGGCGUCUCGCGUGCGUCAAGCCCCCAAAAUCAUUUAACACGCUAGUUAAAAUUUACCCGAGCUACGUUACGGUGUGAAAGCGUCUCUCUCACAUCUCAUGUGCUGUGUGCUGUGUGGUGAACCGCCAUCUCGUUGGUGACUGAUAGGGACAUAUACGUACACGUUAAAACUCACAGCACAGCCAUCCAGCCUGGUCGCUAGUCACAUCAAAAAAGUAUACAUAUAUAUUCAACAUGUGGUGCAUUUUUUCUCCUUUUACUACUCGACGUCCUCGACCUGGUGUAUUGCGGUAAUACCAUCGUCGGCGAGUGAAAAAAAACUGCCCCCUCGCGUGCAAAAAAAAUCCUCGCACUGAGCAUGCUUAUCAGUCGACCAGUGGCCGUUUUUCUAUUUGUUGUUGCGUGAACGUGGUGGUCGUUGCGAAGCCGAGCAUAUAAAUCAAACGAUAAACGUGCCGCGAAAAAUAUCGUUUUGGCGGGAAAAGAAAAAUUUCCCGACACGUCCGAGUAUCGUAAAAAUACGCUUUUUUUUAUUAUAAUUACCCCUUUUUUCGGUGUUGUUGUUGCUGUUGCUGUUCAUCUUGUUGAAGCUGCUGCCAUCAUCAUCGUAUAGUCGUCGACGUUUUGUUCAAUUUUUCGCUCGAACGUGUGCGACGAACCUCGUGUUUGUAAUUUCCGUAGUGUUUUUGUUUUUUUUUUGAUAUCUAUAAAGUGUUUGAUUUUUUUUCAUCUGUUUCGUUCCGGUUUCCAGUGGUUGGAAUUGUCGAGUUUGUCGUGCUUAUCUUGGUUAAAUGAUGUGAUCGUGGUUUAUUGUCGAGAUGUCGUGAUUGUUGGAUUGGUUCGAGAAUCUGCAACAUCUUCAUCAUCUGCUUCUUUUGGAUCUGCAGAACCGAUGUACUCGUAAUUGGAAUCUGCCUCUUAUCAUGUGAUCUUCCUCAUCAGCAGCAAUCAUCAUUUGUGGACUCGUCAAAACAGAAAACAAGUAGAAGAAGAGGAAAAUGAAGCACCAAAACGAAGAACUCAUCAGACCUACCCAUACUCUUCACGAUCAUCAUCUCAAUUACUUGAUAACGUAGUAGGAUAGAGAGAGACAGAUACCUUCCUACCUACCUACGGUGUAAACGCUUCUCACAUCGCAUUAUACUAUAUUUAUAUGAAUUACCCGAGCAGCAAUAUCGUCCUAUCGACUAAGAAAAAGAAAUCUCCGACGACGAUGCACCUGAUAGGAAAUUCUGCCAACUCGUCAUCGCAAUCGGAAAGCGCCGGAACUGGUAACCAAAUACAAGAAGCGUAUGCCAAAAUGACAUCGGAUAUAUUGGCAGAAAGGACGCUGGGAGAGUUUCUAUCGGAACAUCCUGGCGAGCUGAUUCGAACCGGUAGUCCUCAUUUUGUAUGUACGGUGCUGCCGGCUCAUUGGAGGUCCAAUAAAACGCUACCGGUUGCGUUCAAAGUGGUAGCGUUGGGUGAAGUGAUGGAUGGAACGCUGGUUACCAUUAGAGCUGGAAAUGAUGAGAAUUACUGCGCCGAGCUGAGGAAUUGUACGGCUGUCAUGAAGAACCAGGUGGCCAAGUUUAACGAUUUGAGAUUCGUCGGCAGAAGUGGAAGAGGUAAAAGUUUCACCUUGACAAUCACGAUUAAUUCAAAUCCUCCUCAAGUUGCCACCUACAAUAAAGCCAUUAAAGUGACCGUUGAUGGACCUAGAGAACCGAGAUCAAAAACGAGGCAGCAGCAGCAAUUCCACGCUUUCGCUUUCGGUCAACGGCCAUUUUUAACGGGACAUUUCGGCAACCCUUUGGAUUCGCUGCAAAGAGCAACCGAUCCAUUGGCCUUUCGUAUGCCAGCCAUGUCGAAUUGUCAAAAUAUGAGCCAAUUCGGCUUCAACAACAGUCAUCAUUGGGGGUAUGGCACGAGUAGUGGCUACUCUUCGUGGCCAGGAUCGUUGAGUGGAUGCACAGCAGCUGUUACUACUUCCGGUUUUAAUAGUCCUAGUUUAACGUCAAGCUUUCCAACCGUUACAGACACGAAUGGACAUCAAAAUAAUCAAGACGCCGUGUUCAGUACAACCGUCGCUUUACCAGAUCCAUCGAGUACGUCGACCGGAUUAGAGCUCGAACAACAGCUGAUGACCUCGAGUAAUUUGCACAACGGUCAUAACAUGAUCAACGACGCUUCGCUCGUGCCCAAAUACACGACCGGAUCGGAAUGCCUAAGCGGUGGCACGAGAUCGCUGUCUGAUUCGUCCAACGGUGAAUCGCCUAUUGGAAACGAUGAUCUGUACGUCAGCCAUAAUGGUCAUAUGGGUACUGGUUCGAGUAGCUCGUUCCAUCAUCAUCAUAUGCAUCACCACGGCACCGGCAAUAGUUACCACAAUUCUCAUUAUCCAAUGUUACCAGCCUCGUUAUUUUAUUCGCAACUUUACCACAGUGGAUCGAAUCCAAGCAGACAGAUGUUAGACGAUACCGAGCAAAGAUGCUCGAACGCUGUCGUAUCCCAAAGAGUGACCAAUGAUAACGCAGCUGUGUGGAGACCUUAUUGAUCAGACUAUCACUGUCGAUAUCGAACUUGAUACUGAUGCUGUAUGCAGAUUAUCCCCAGUUGUAUUUUGUUACUAUGUGUUGUUUUUUUUUGUCUUCUUAUAUUAUGCUCUUUUUUUUCUUCCUCGUCCUCCUUCAUUUUCCUUGUUCUGUUUGGUUUUUUUUCUUCUUCUCAUUCUUAAAUGUACCUAAUUUGUUUUUUUCUUCGGUAUAAAUGUUUGUUUAGCUAAUUUUUCAUUAUUAUUGUGUAUGUAUUAAUUUGUGUGCGGCAGCGUUACAUAUUUAAUUAGUAAUUUUGUUUGUGUAUACUGUACUUUGUAUUAUGCUGGCCCUUCGUGUAAAUAAUUUGUACUUAUUAAAAAAAAAAUUAAUAUUAUGAUGAUUUUAUCGAAACAAUGACCACUUGGAGGAGCGAUGAACGCGGUUUGUAUGAUGAACAUUUUAUUUAAUUUUGAUUUAUGUGCCUAUAUAAAUUUUGAAUGCUAUCGCUGCUGAUAACGCUUUUACCUAUACCUUGGUACAUCUACAAUCUACAUAUCCAUCCACUGUAUCUAACCACAUUUUGAGAUUUUGUUCGUCUUUCUUCGGUACAUACGUAGUAUAUUAAUGGUGGUGUGAUGUGCACGCGUUUUAAAAUGGCUUAUGUAUUCUUUGGCAGGCUUGCCUCAAAUAACCUCCAGAGAUUAACAUUACAUAAUUUUGCGGAGACCUAUCCAUAUCUAUCCAUAAUGAAUCCCAAAUUCCCAAUCAUGUAAAUAUCGACUGAAUCGUAAGUAUAUUGUGAAUUUUUGGCCGGAUUUUCCAUCACGUCUAGAAUUUUAAUCAUCUAAGGAAAUUAUUGGGUGAAUGUGAAUUUUUUGCCAUUUUUUUCGUUUUUUGAAAUUGGCAAUAUAAUGACCGAAAAAUUGGCUGCAUUAUUUUCCAAAAUAUUUCUCCAGUUUCAGGAUUUUUUCCCCAAAAUUUUGAAAAAUUUAUAAAACAGCAUUUUCCAAGUUUCAAAAUUUUAUGAAUUUUCGACAAUUUUAGAGUUGAGUUUUUUUUUUGAAUUAUAAGUGAUACAUUUUUGUCACAAGAAAAGUUGGUGGUAUUUUCUGAGCAAAAAAUCCACUAGUUUAAGCGAGGAAAAUGAUGCGAAAAUCAAUUUUUUGAAUUUGUCAGGGUCUUUUAUCUCAUGAAAAAAAAUCUGAAAAAAUAAUAUUAGUAGGUACAGAUACGUACCUAAAUUUUACGAUUGUAAAUUAGGUAUUUUUUCAAGCGGAUUUUGCUUAAUUUGGGUUAUGGAUCGUAAAAAUUAAAAUCCUAAAAAUCCUGUUUUGUUUUAGGAUUCCAAAAUAGGUUUUUUAAAAUUCGGCCGUUCGUUUUGACAGACUGUGAACAGAUGAAAUCUGGAUUAUUCAACAUUUAUAAUCAACCAGGAUGGUAGCUCUUUGAUUGUGAAAAUGGAUUUUAAAUUUUACUUAUCAUUCUUAUCAAAACUGAAAUUUUUGGCUGAAUUUUCACAUUUACCGUUUAGAAAAAAUAUGUUUUCAAGUACAUAAAAUUCUUCAAACUCUGUCCAUUUGAGUUGAAAUUACUGAUUUUUCUUCCAUGAUCCAUAUGAAAGGGAAAUCAGCUAAUUUGAAGGAUGUAUAAGGGAUAUAAGUAAUAAAAUAUCAUCUAGGAUGAUGAUGAAAAAAAUUGCAUCGAUCCAAACGUAGUGAUGUGUACCUCUACCCAUGUAAUUAUUUUCAAGUUUACAAAACGACAAAAAAACAUCCCAGUUUUCAAUCUUAGAAUACCCAAAGGACAAAUCUGACAAUUGGCAUUUAAACUUGUUCUUUUUAAUGCUCUUUUCGAAGAUGGAUUUUGGUUUUUUGGAUUUUUUUGCCACACAAAAUCUAUACACAAUCCAUGCACAAUUCAGAUUUCAGAUUCUUGAAAAAUCUGUGUUAUUAUAAGAAAACAAUCUUAUUGAUGUCAUAGCUGUAGGUACGUUUGGAGAAAUUCAUGGCUUUUGACUUUUGAAAACCUGAUAUACUCAAACUUCUGUUAGUACCUACGAAAGAACAUUUUGAAAAAGUUUUAAAAUGCCCUGGGAUGGUUCUCGUUGAGGUGCAUCAUUCUAGAAAAUUGGAAAGAAAACUCAAUUGGCAUGGGAAAUGUAAAGGCAAGGAGGAUGGUAAGACUGAUGUAGUGGGUUGAAAUUUUUAUCAACGAAUUUUUGGAUCGAGUCAAAUUAUCCUCAUUUUACUUGAUUUCAAUCUUUUUGACUUUUUUGUCUCCGUUUCUUAAGCAUUUUUCAAAAAUCUUGCCCUCACCCUCUUCCCCUUUAAAAAGCUUGGUUUAUAUCCAUUUCAGAACUUUUUGACCAGUGAUUUGAUUGAUCCUGAUGAAUGAUUCGUUCAAUUUAAAAAAUACUCAUUCAGUUUUCUUCAUUACUUGAAGGUUUUCGGCAUACUAUUUUGGCUGAAUUUUUUUCAACAUUAGGUAGAUAUUUGCAGUAUGAGUCAAUCCUCUGAAUCAAUGAAGCAAUCUGGGGAAAAAAUGAAGUACAUAUGAAAGAUUGUAAAAUGUAAAAUUUCUCAUCGAAACAAGUCGCCAUAAUUUUUUCUUAAGAAGAUUAUUUUCUAGAAAUUUUUUUCUACCUAUUAUUUUCAAGAG